GUCCCUUGAGCAAGAGGCAAGAUAACAAAACGUCGUCAGGCGAAAAAAAAACAGGAAAAACACGAAUCAUCGCUACGCUAGUGCCACGAGAAAGAGAAGAGUUUGUUGGAAAAAGUUCCCCUGCUCCGCACACGGAACGGAUGGUCGCGAAGAUAGGUAGCCGCAAAUCGCUAUGAAAUUAGCCUUCGAAUAAAACAGCCUUGGUUACGGUUUUGCGAAAAGUCUGGAAAAGAAGCAGCUCUCGUAGUGACGUCGUGGUGAAAAAUUGCGUUUCCUCGCGAUCUCCGAUAAAGUUUUGUUCAAUUGGUAAAUCGACUCGGUCUGCGGGGUGCCUAUCGAAGUGUAAAAGUUCGAGAAGAAAAUAAUUCGUGCAAACUUUUGCUAGCUGCUAUUGGCCAAGACAACCCGGUGUUCGGUAGCUUCUUGCGGAAAUUACUAUUCCGGAACCGAUUUACUUCGUGGAACUAACAGUAGUAGUAGCGUCGCAGUCGUCGUAGUCGCAGCCACGCGUGCGCACUCUCUUACGGCCGGACGGACGGACGGAUUAGCAGCCGCUCAGCUUGGUUACUGAACAGCUCAGUUCAACGUCGUGAUCGCCUCCGGACGGACGCGUAGUGAUCAGUGCGGGUCGGAUUUUCGAGGGGUUUCGCCUUUAGCAUUUUGUCCGCCGAGAUGGCAACCAGCUCAAACAGCGGAACGGUUUCGACGUCGGCAUCGGCGGCCAGUUUGGCGCCAACAGGCGCUGCGGCCGUCGGAGCAGCAGCAGUAGCGGCAGCACCCGCUGCUCCGAUCGCACCCACCAAUGCACCGUGGCCCAACAGUAAGGACGACUACGAACUGCGGGAGGUGAUCGGAGUCGGUGCAACGGCCGUAGUGCACGGUGCCUUCUGUCUACCGCGCAACGAAAAAUGUGCCAUCAAACGGAUCAAUUUGGAAAAGUGGAACACCUCGAUGGAUGAGCUGCUGAAAGAGAUCCAAGCGAUGAGCAGCUGCAACCACGAGAAUGUGGUCACGUAUCAUACCAGCUUCGUGGUUAAGGAAGAACUUUGGCUGGUACUGCGACUGCUGGAGGGUGGCAGUUUGCUGGAUAUUAUCAAACAUCGGAUGAAGUCGGUCAACUGCAAGCACGGAGUGUUUGAUGAGUCCACAAUCGCCACGGUUCUGAAGGAAGUUCUGAAAGGGUUGGAGUACUUUCACAGCAACGGGCAGAUUCAUCGUGACAUUAAAGCCGGUAAUAUUCUGCUGGGUGAUGAUGGCACGGUUCAGAUUGCGGAUUUCGGUGUGAGUGCAUGGUUGGCUACUGGCCGCGAUUUGUCGCGGCAGAAGGUUCGGCAUACUUUCGUCGGUACACCGUGCUGGAUGGCACCGGAGGUAAUGGAGCAGGAUCAUGGUUAUGAUUUUAAGGCGGACAUUUGGUCAUUUGGCAUUACUGCGAUCGAAAUGGCCACCGGAACAGCACCAUAUCACAAGUAUCCUCCGAUGAAGGUACUGAUGCUUACGCUUCAGAAUGAUCCUCCUUCCAUCGAUACCGGGGCAGACGAGAAAGAUCAAUACAAGGCGUACGGGAAAACGUUCCGCAAAAUGAUCGUCGAGUGUCUCCAGAAGGAACCAUCGAAACGUCCCACGGCCAGUGAGCUGCUGAAACAUCCCUUCUUCAAGAAGGCGAAAGACCGCAAGUACCUUACGCAAACUUUGCUGGCCACCGGCCCAUCGAUGGCCACCCGCGUUCAUAAAGCUGCCAAACGACAACCCGGUGCUUCCGGUCGGCUACAUCGGACCGUUACCGGCGAAUGGGUUUGGUCCUCGGAGGAGGAAGAUAACGGCAAGCAAUCUUCCGAUUCGGAUUCCGAGGAGCGCCCGAUGAACCGUUUGGAUCGAAUGGACUCGUCCGCAUCGGAGACGGAAGACGCUUCCGAACCCUCGGAGGCUACGGUUACGGCACCAACGGCCGGUCCCUCCAACAGUGCGAACGCCGACGUCACUAGCACCCUCGGUGCGCUCGCCCUCGAUGAGCUGCCACCCAUCAACCUGGUGCUACGGAUGCGAAACUCAAACCGGGAACUGAACGAUAUCCGGUUCGAGUUUGCCGUCGGCAAGGACUCGGCCGAGGGCAUCGCUUCCGAGCUGGUCGGUGCCGGACUGGUCGACGGGCGUGAUAUCGUCGUAAUGGCGGCCAACCUGCAGAAACUGAUCGACACCCGGAGCACGGUGAAAACGGUCACCUUCCAGCUGAACUCCGGCUUCGGAACCGACGAGCAGCCGGACGAGAAAUCGCUCAUCGGUUUCGCACAGAUUUCCAUCACGGAUUAACUUAAGUGACUGCUGACUGUUUAUCUGUUCGUCCUAGUGUGUGCGCGUGAGUGUUUUUUGCUGAUGAAAGUGCCAGUGUGCGAACGAGAGAAAGCGACAAAAGAAAACAUUCUAUUGGAAGAUUUUCCUUGUGUUUCGAUUUCUUACAUAGUUUUUAAACGAAGAAAACAAUAAAUAGCAAGUUAUUUAGGAUUUAGUGAUACCUGUAAUCGCUCGCGUGCCGGGAGCCAGUUUAACCGCAUGAUGAAAUUGAACCGCUUUAGCAGAGAUUCUAAAACAGAUGUACUGAUGAAAACACGAUUGGGAGGGGUAGAACCGCGCUUGACCGCUUUUUCCAAAACGUUUUUACAAUAUGCAUGCCAACGAAGGAUGUCAACAUUUUAGUGAUCUACUAGCAGCCUUCAAACAGAGAGACAGAAAGCAAGUUUAUAGCAGUGAGAUGCAUGCGAUCAACACGAAAGCAACCAUUUAAAUCUGUUUGAACAAUUGUGUUUUACUUAGAGCAUAACCAGAGAAAUAGUGAAAGAUAAGUUAUAUUUUAACAGCGUUUCAUCAUUACUAGCAGAAACCAACCAUAUUUAGGCAUCAAAACCUGUAACUGAGCAGUGCAAGGACGAACAAUUGCAAAAUACACAUUGUCUUUUAGGCGGCCGAUGUCGUACCACCUCUCUCCUCUAAAUAAUCUAGCAAAAGUCCGAUCAACGGCGGCUGAAACCGACAUUAUCAAUAGAGACAGACAAAACAAAACAAAAAAAAAAUUACGCCCGAAAAGCAAAAUGUAUCUUUACCGAAAAAAAGAAAACAAAAAGCAAAAAUCAACAAAGUAAUAAAGCAACCUCCACCCAAUGAUAAUGAAGAAUUGUUUGGCGUUCGUUUUGCGUUGUUUUUAUCACC